AUGGCUGACACCCUGGAAAUAGCUGUCUUUGGACAGGCACCUGAAAAGGGAUUACAAAGCCCUUCUGAGCCUCCCCCAUUGAAGACAACCCACUCGCCCCCCAUCCGCAAGCUGCUGAACUCCUACGAGGAGCUGCGGGGCAGCCGAGGCCGCAAACCCCUCCGAUCCUGUCUCAACCAGAAGCCGAGCGCAGAACCUGAGCCCGAGCGGCGAGACAACACCAAGAGCUCCAAGGGGCAGAAGAAGAAGCGAGUCGUGUUUGCUGAUAUGAAGGGGCUCUCGCUGACGGCCGUCCGCUUCUUCUCAAGGAUCGAGGAGGACCUUUGUGACUUGCAGCAUGCCCUGUCAGACCUUGCCUCCUUCCGCCCCAGGCUGUGGGACUCACGCCCAGAAGCGUGCAGGUACGUGCUGGACUUCCCACAGCCCUCAGUGGACUACACGGCUUUCCGCAGCAGCCUGCACAGGAACCUCGUCUGCCUGGAGAGCUGUGUGAUCCAGGACCGUGCUCUGUCAGGGACGGUGAAGGUCAGAAACAUUGCCUAUGAGAAGAAGGUGGCAGUCCGCAUCACCUCCGACGGCUGGAAGAGCUUCCGGGACGUCCCCUGCCAGUACAUGCACAGCACGUACGGCUCAGCCGACACAGACAUCUUCUCUUUUGAGCUCACCCUGCCCAAGCCAGCCAGCGGCCGCAGGGCCACCGAGUUCUGCAUCUCCUUCCAGUGUGGACAGAAGACCCACUGGGACAACAACCAUGGGAAGAACUACACGAUCCGCCAUGUGGGCGGAUCCUCCCGUGCCGUGAAGAGUGCCAGUGGGGCCUGGGAGCACCUUGGCACCUCUGGGGCUGCCGCCCUGGUCCUGUCUCACCUGCAGACCUGGCAGCGUUCAGAGACCCGGGCUCCUUACUGGUAGGAGGGCGGUGUGUGAAGACAUGUAGGUCCCCUCCACAUCCCAGACAUGGUACAAGAGUCUUGGGGGAAGGGCCAGCUGCAGAAGAUGUUGCUCACAGUUCUGUUGGCUCCUCCACGGCUCUAUGAGCAGCUGCCGGUCUCUGCAGAAGCUUUUUCCCUGCUGGCUCCUGCCACAGAGGCUGGAAGCUGUUGCUUGGAGUGACUCCUGGAGGUUCUUGCAAGUGACAAGGAACAGGCUGUGGGCUGGAGCCCGUGGCCGUGCCUGAGCCACGCGGGG